GCCCCGGCACCACGGCGUCAUCCUUCACACCUCGCUGGGCCUCCCUCUCGCGGGCCCAUCCACGUGGCCCUGGCCUGAGGGUGCAGCGCCUGCCACCUCGCCAGUCAUCCUCCUGCCUCCCCCGCCCUCCUUCCUGGCGCGCAGGGUGACCGCCCGGGGCCGCGCGGGUAGCGCCCUGCACGCGGCCCCUGCCGCUCGACAGGACGGAAAUGCCAGCCUGCUCGCACCUGAGGCCCGACCGCCGGGGCCGGGCUGGGGGCACCCGGUCGACCGCGAUUUUCACGCACCAGGAGGCCCCCUCAUUUAUCCAGAGACGUCUUUCCGACUCCCCCCUUCUCCUCUGCGGACGAGGCCUGGCACGCCAUCUUCUUUACUUAGAUUCCCUCCUGACCGCUGCUUCCGUUUUCUGACUGCUUUGUCUGGUGUCAGAAGGAAGCCCCCCCUCGUCCCCGGGCUCCCGCGGAAGCAGAGGCCGCCCUGGAGGAGCCUGGCGCACGGGCCCUGCCUGGUACUUCCGAGGAAGUCGGUGUCCGUUUAAUGAUUAUUUUCGACAUUUCCUACUCCAACAAAUCUUCAUCCAAGUAUUAUCUGAAUCUUUCUAAAGUCAUGGUUUUCAUUUCAACAGCUUUGGUUAAAGUAGAAAAGCCUUUCUAAAGGCAGAAAAAAUUGCUUUAAGUAAAAUACUGAUAAUACUUCAAUAUUUUGAAGAAAAUCCUGGCCAGUUUUCUUUUAAAAACAUAUUUACUCAAAUCCUGUAAAAACUGUUCGGCAACGGUUAUUCAAAACUUAGACUUCCCGUGUGUUAGGCCAGUCGCCGGAGCCCUGGUCAGAUGGGAGGCAGAUGUGCUGCCCUGUGUGGUCAGUGCAGGCGGGUCCCAUGGGCUGGUGGGCGAGGGGCCGUGGUCCUGUUGUGCGCUCACGCCCUUGGCCCGUUUCCGCUUUGCCCCCUCAGACCAGAACCGGCCUCGCCCUGCUGCACCACGAAGGGUCUGGAAGCCCCUGCGACGUCCGCCUGAAGCUGACGAGAGAGGUCCUCACGAUUCAGAAACAAGACGUGGUCUGUGUCCGCGGGAGCAGCCACGGCGCACAUCACAGAACCGUUACGCUGCGCAGACAGCCCGUUGGCGGCUUGGGCCUGAGCGUAAAGGGAGGCGCCGAGCACAGGGUCCCUGUCGUCAUAUCAAAGAUAUUCAGAGGCCAUGCAGCCGACCAGACAGGGAUGUUGUUCGUCGGAGACGCCGUCCUGCAGGUGAACGGCAUUAACGUAGAACACGCGACCCAUGAGGAAGUGGUGCAUCUUUUGAGAAACGCUGGCGACGAGGUGGCCAUCACUGUUGACUAUCUCAGGGAGGCGCCGGCAUUUCUGAAGCUCCCAUUAGGGUCCCCGGGGCCAGCCGGCGACCACAGCAGCGGGGCCUCGUCCCCUCUGUUUGACAGUGGACUGCAUCUGAACAGCAACCCCAGCAGCACAGAUUCACCAUCGCCUUCCUCGCCCGCAGCUGAUGCGCCACAGUAUGAGAAGCGCUGGCUGGACACGCUGUCGGUUCCUCUGUCUAUGGCCCGAAUCUCCAGGUGCAAGGCUGGAACAGGAAAAUGCAGGUCCGGCGCGUUCCAGGUGCUGGCUGUGGACGGCGUCCGCACGGGAGUCCUGCAGUUUCACACGGCCCGGGAGAGCGCCGACUGGCUGAGGGCAGUGUCCGCGACCAUCGGUGACCUGACACUGGAGAGCAUGAAAAUGGUGAAUGAGGGCUGUUCUCCCUGUGACCAGGUUGUGCACAUGGGCUGGGUCAGGGAGAGACUCGAAGGCACCAGCUCCCGUGAGACCUUCAGAUCCAAGUUCUUGGCCCUGAAAGGCUCUUUGCUGUAUGUUUUCAGCACCGCUCCGGUAAGCACAUUAGACUGGGUACGGGCAGAAAAAACCUACAACCUCUGUGAGGUACUAUUUAAACUUCACAAGCUCUGGCUGGCGGACGACGGCUGGCUCCACGAAGACUGUCACCUGGGUCCUCCCGGCUUCGCGCCCCAGCGGCCGUUCAGCUUCAGCGUCCUGGUCGGCCACGGCCAGAGUCGCGUCUUCAGCGUGGACCUGGGGAGCGAGCUGGCCGCCUGGGAGAGGUCUUUCCAGAGGGCCACUUUCAAGGAAGUUCAGAGAAGCAGGUCCAAAACGUACACGUGCAGCUGGCAAGGAGAAAUGCUGUGUUUCACGGUGGAUUUCGCGCUGGGAUUCACCUGCUCUGACAGCAAGACGAAGAAUGUGCUCUGGAGAUUUAAAUUUUCUCAGCUUAAGGGAUCUUCGGACGACGGAAACGCUCGCGUAAAGCUGCUGUUCCAGCAUCCAGACACCAAACAAAUAGAGGUGAAGGAACUCGAAUUCCCGGACCUGACAGCCGUCCUGCACUGUGUUCACGCCUUCCUAGCAGCAAAGGUGGCCUCAGUGGACCCCGCAUUCAUGGACAGCCAGAGCUUCGCGAGGAAAAGUGCUUCUGCUGAGCGCUGAGCAUUAAAUUAUUUUCUUAAGAAAUGACUCUUUCCUGCAAAUAUUACAACUCUGUGUGAUUUUAUAAUGAGCCUCUAGUUGUGAUACCAAUAAAACGUGUCACUAGUUUCCAGAGACGCAUCCCGCUUCUUAGAUCUGAGAGGCCAGGGCGCUGCUGGGUGGAGCUGCGUUCACGCACGUCCGCGUCCCGGGAGAUGACGCACCUCGCGGGCCUGUCUCUGAGGCCACGGUGAGCUCUGCCCUGCGCCCUCUGCCGCCCACAUCACUAUCCUCUAGAUUGUAUUUUCAUAAAAUGUGAGAAAAUCCUGAGAAUCCCCUGCUUUACUGUCCUCAGACAGGGAAGGGUUUUGUCUUCCCUUUUUGUCAAAGAGGGCUGAGUAAGGGUGUGACGUGAGAGAUGAGAAGUAUGCGGGAAAGGAAAUUAAUUUCAAUACUACCUUUU